AUGUUUCUCGUUGCUUGCCUCUCUCUCGUGCUUGCUUAUCUCCUCUGGACUGUCGUUCGGCUUGCCAGCAAUUACGUCGAAGCCAAAAAGACUGGCCUACCCAUUCUCCUCUGUCCCGUAAACCCUGGCAGCCCACUAUGGAUGCUCUCCAAAGAAGUGCUCAUCCCCAUCUUCCUCCGCCUCCCUUUCGGCAUCGGUGACUGGGCUGGUAGGGCAGAAGUUGGCUGGACCUUCAAGGAGAAAUUUUCCGUCCAUGCCCGUCACGGUGAAGCCUUUAUCAUUGUCUCGCCCGGCGAGAACGAAAUCAUCCUGGCGAAUCCCUCCGCCACAGAUGAGGUGAUGCGCCGUCGGAAUGACUUUAUCAAAAACCCGGCCUUGUACGGGAUGCUGGACAUCUAUGGCCCCAAUCUCGAUACGGUCAAUGGAAAAGCCUGGGAUCGGCACCGCAAGAUCACAGUGCCCCCGUUCAACGAGCAAAACAGCGCCCUGGUAUGGCGAGAGAGUGGCGAGCAAGCGGAACAAGUAUUGCGCAUCUGGUAUGGCAAGCAGCAAGUUACAUCCACCCAACCCGACGUCCAUGCCGUCGCACUCAACGUGCUGUGCGGAGCCGGUUUCGGAAUGCACAGCAGCUUCGUCGACGCAAGACUCCCACAAGAUGAUGAGGCCUCAGUCAAGGAACACAUGGGCUAUCGAGAGAGUCUGCGGAUGUUGCUGGCCAACAUCGUCCAGCUCGUGAUCUUGGGGUUUUUGAAGAGGGCCGGCGUGCCCAAUUGGAUAUGGCUGGGGAACAUGCGCAGGCUAUCGCGCGCGUACGACGAGUUCAAGAGAUACAUGGCUGAAAUGAUGGCGCUAGAGAAAAGGGCAUUUGAGCAGGGCGACUUCUCCAGGCAUAACCUGAUGAGCGAGCUGGUCAGGGCUUUGGAGCAGUCGAAACGGGUGGCCACUGCUGGGAAGGAGACGGCCACCACCACGACUCCAGGGUUUGCCCUCGGACUGACCGACGACGAGGUCUACGGCAACCUCUUCAUUUACAAUCUUGCAGGUCACGACACCACAGCCAGCACGCUCCACUUUGCCAUCACCCUGUUGGCCAUUUAUCCCGAAUGGCAAGAGUGGAUUGCAAAAGAGAUCGACCAAGUCCGAGAGGCCGAGUCGACCGGCUUGCAUUACUAUGAACAGACUUUCCCCAAGCUGCAGAGAUGUUUGGCACUUAUGUAUGAAACUUUACGACUUUAUGGCCCGGUGGUUAUGAUGCCUCGAUACACUGGCGAUUCACCUCAAAGACUUCACAUCGACGAGGAAGAACAUUUUGUUCCGUCCAAGACUGGGGUGACGAUCAAUUUUGCAGCAUUGCAUACCCAUCCCAAAUACUGGGCUCCAGACCCUCUCACUUUUCGUCCCAGCCGAUGGAUCUCUCCCGCGGACGAGAGGGGAGAAGAUGACGUUUGGCUGCAGCCAGUUCCUGGCACGUUUGUGCCGUGGAACAUGGGUCCUAGGGUAUGUCCGGGUAAGAAGUUCGCUCAGGUCGAGUUCACGCGGCUUGUUUUCGGCUUGUUUGCCGACGGCACCAGAGUCGAACUGGUUCAACAAGAAGGCGAAACCGGUCAAGCGGCGAAGGCAAGAGUUCUAGGCGUGGUCAACCGGGCAAAACUUGAGGUCACGUUGAAGAUGGUGGAUGCAGAAACGAUUGCCUUGAGAUGGGUCAAGCCUGCGAGCAGUGUAUCCCCCGCAGUGUGA